CAGCUGAUCCCAAAUUUAGUGGACCCAUUCACAAUGUCACAGUUCCUGUUGGUCGAGAUGCCAUACUUACCUGCGUGGUCCAUGAUUUGGUUUCAUUUAAGAUGGCCUGGCUGCGUGUCGAUACCCAAACUAUACUCAGCAUACAGAAUCAUGUGAUCACAAAAAAUCAUCGCAUCAGCAUAAGUCACACCGAACAUCGCAUCUGGCAACUGAGGAUACGUGAUGUUCAAGAGUCUGAUCGCGGAUGGUAUAUGUGUCAAAUUAAUACCGACCCCAUGAAAAGUCAGGUGGGCUAUUUAGAUGUAGUAGUACCACCAGAUAUCAUCGAUUAUCAAACAAGCAAUGAUAUGGUAGUGGAAGUCGGCACAAACAUAAGUCUAACCUGCACCGCAACGGGAUUACCAAUGCCCACCAUAACAUGGCGUCGUGAAAAAGAUUUGCCACUCUAUGUAGAGAAUGGACGUUAUGUCUACAGUAUGGAAGGGCAAAAUUUAACAUUGCCCCAUGUCAGCCGGGAUACAAUGGGAGCAUAUUUGUGUAUAGCUUCGAAUGGGGUGCCGCCAACGGUGAGCAAAAGGAUAUCGGUGAUCGUUAAUUUCCCUCCCACCAUAUUUACCCGCUAUGAUACCAUCUAUGUUGGCUUUGGCCAAAAGGUCACUUUGGAAUGCAUCUCAGAAUCUCAUCCUACCUCAGUAAAUUAUUGGCUGAAAGACAAGGAAUUUAUACAGGGUGGCACGUAUGAAACGGUCUCAGUUAAUGGCAUCUAUAAAAUUGUAAUGCGUUUGGUGGUACGACCCAUGAAGGCCAAAGACUUUGGUGAAUAUCAUUGUGUUGCCAAAAAUAUGUUGGGUGAAAUGGAACAGAUCAUAACACUCCAUCACAAAGCCAAAAAGAACCUCCAGCAUGCUUUUCAAACCAAUAGCAAGGACAAUCAAUACAUUAUUAUAGAAGAGUACAUAUCCGGCCAUAAUCGAAUAUCGGAACCUAAUAUAUGCUUCCUAAAUAUAAUUUGUAUAUAUUGGUUACUGUUAAUUACAAUAAAAUUGUGA